AAAAGGGAUGAUUUGAUGUGAAAUCUCUGUGAACCUUUCUACUCGUUAUACUUUAGAGCUCUAUUACGACUGGUGUUUUGAUCCACAAAUAUUUAUGAAAAUAUCAGCAUUGCAGCUUGUGUGAGCCAUUGUGCCUGGUACACUUGGUUGGGAAAGGCCUGCUCUGAGAUGUGGCUUUUGCCCUGGGAGAGUGGGCAGUGUAUCUACAGAUACGUGCUUUGCUGAAAUGGAAAGCAUUCUUCUGCAGCCAAAGUUGGAACAUGAUCCCAAAUGGAAUUUUGCUAUUUGUGUGAUCAGGCCUAGGGUAUAGUCAGGGAAGAUUUCAAAGAGUAUGUGUUUAGGAUUUGUUGGAAGAUGUAGAACAAGGGGACAUUCUUGGCGGGUAGAAUAGCUUUGGCAUAGGGGCAGCAGUGGGACAGAGUUCAAAUGUGAAUUGAGAAUUGCCUCAAGGAAACAAAUGCUUAUUUCGAACAUGUACUGCAUCUGGCAGAAGCAGCACGGCCCUGAAGAUGAAGGUCAGAAGGCUGACAUUGAGGGGCAGACAGCCCCAUAGCAGACACCUUUCUGGUCUGAGGUCUUCUGUCCACAGUGAGAAGGAUAAAACCCAAGGCCCUCUAUGUUGGACUCAAUGUGCCUGUUAUAAUUCAAACUAAUCAACCUUCCAACUCUCUGAUUUAGCAAAAAUUGGUUUGUUCAUUGACAUUAUUACUGAUUUUGACCAGACUCUGAUGGGUGCCAUGGGGAUCCCAAGAGAUGGAGUGAAAGAUGCUCUAAGAGCCCAUGAAACCAGGGGAGGAGUAGCAGCAGCCAGCCAUGUAGGUCUAAGUGCUGAAUUGUAGUGGGAGCCCGAGGGGUUUAGUAUCUCCAAGGGUUAGUCAGAUCAGAGAAAGCUUUGAGGAGUAGGUGGAACUUGAGCUGAGUCCUUGACAAUGGAAUAGUCUUGGGUAGGUAUGGAGCAGCAGGGAAGAUCAUCCACUUGGGAAUGUAGAGGGAGAAAGGAGAACAGUUCAGCAGAGGGCUCUGUGGAGUGUAAGGCAGCAAGACAGAUGGGAUGGUGUCCUGUAGGAAACAGGCCAAGGAUUCAUCUCCCCUAAGCUGAAAUGGGGAUGCAUGCCCACAGCUUUCCAAGUGCAGGGAGAGCAGUCUUGGGGAGCAGGUGGGUGUGCCUGUCAGAGACUUCCACACAUACCACACAUGAAAGAACGCUGACAGCUGACUCUGCCUCCCGCUGUUAGGUCUUGUCCGCUACCAGCUCUUCAGCCUGGGGUUCAAAAGAGGUAUCUUUAGAACAAGAAAUGAAAUUGUAUAUAAGCAUUUGGAAUGGGGAUGGGCCGCUCUGGGGAACAUAAAACUCAUGUGAUACUGGUACUUAUUUCCAAGUGUUUAAUGUAUAAUUGGAGAAGGAAAUAUACAAGAUUCAGUAACAAGGCAAUGUUUAAUGACAGUACAAGGUAGCUAGAGGAGAUAUAUCACAGAGAAAGGGAAGUGGAGCUAAUAUUUGUUUAGUUCUCUGGUAUGCUUAGCAUCUCCUUUGCAGCAGAAGCACAAACAUAUACGGGCCAGAUUACACUUUAUGUUCAAAUGACAAUGAACAAAGCAAUGGCUUAAUCAGACGGUUGAGAAGUCAAGGAAUUUGAAUUAAAACUGAACAGGUAGUGAGGUGAAAGUUAGAGAACUUUGAAAGACUUUAUUAUUAUCUGUUAGAUGGUUCAGUUUAUCCUCAUUGCCUCCAAGUAUGUCUACCAAUUCCUUCCUCAAUUUAUAAAUGGUGUGGUGGAGGACCAGAGUUUUCAGGGACCACUAAUACAGAGUAUUUGAAGACUGGUGGCUCUAUGGUUCAAAUAACAUUUGGAGUCAGACACAACUGCCCCUGUGAUUUCAACAAAUCCCUCAACUUUAAUUUUCUUAUCUGUAAAAUGGAUAUGUCUCUGGGUUAAAAUCAGAUAGUAAAUCAGGGUUAAAUAGUAUAAUAAACUUAAAUCAGAUGAAAAACGUAAAUAAACUUAGAGAAUACCUGAUGUAUGUUAACAAUUCAGAUUAUUUUCUUUACGAUGUGAAUUCCUCCUCCCUGCUUGGACAGGAAAUAUUAUGGUCACAAUUACUUCUUUCAAAUCUACUGUAUUUAACCUAUUUUGGUAUUGUGCUACACAUAUUAUUUACCUUUUUUUCCUGCAAGAUUCUGUGAGGAGAAUUAGAAAAGGCAGAUGAGAAAACUGAUGCCGAAGAGAGUUUAAGUGACUUGGCAAUUCAGAUGGCACACUGGUUUUAGAACUCAUGUAUGUAGAAGCAACUAACAACUUUUGGUCAAAAGUUGGCAUCACUUUGUGUUUUAGAUACCUCAUGAUGUCAAACUAAGAGGCUUUGUAAUCAUAUAUACCUCGAUUUGACUGUGAAUCUGGCACAGAAAGUGUGUGCUCUUGAGUAAAUCAUUAACCUUUCUGGACCUUAAUUUCCAGGUCUGUAAAAUGAGGACAAGAUCUUCUGCAUCACAGUGCUGUUGUGUGAAUUAAAUUGAUAAUGACUGUAAAGAGCUCAGCACAAGUUAGUGGUAAUGUUUAACCACCCCCCGCCCCCCAACCCUUUCACUACAAGAGAACACUUUUCCUUGACUGCACAGAGGAACACAGGCACAAGUAACGCAUCAAAGCCACAGCUCAACCUGCAAACUUGAUUGGCCCAGGCAGGAUUGUAGAGAUUUUUCACCAGGGAGCAAAGACACAAGGGUCAUGCUGUUGUGUUGUGUUUUAUUGGUUCCCAGAGGAGACACUGUUUUUUACAGCUACAGCUGGAACUGUUGGUUAAUGGAUAGUACGUCAGACCUCAGGUCUCAGAAGUUUCAUCUCCUUUCCUUAUCAUAGAGAUCCCUGAGUACAGAGACUAACGGCAUAUGCUUAGUUUUGUCUUAGGCUCAGCCAGCCCAGCCAGGCUGAGCUGCAGAGUCAGCAGAAUCUGAUAAAAAGGUGGAAGGUACCAGCCCUGGCUUUGAAGGGCUUCUGGUUGAGGAGACAAGGCUCAGUACCUGGGAAUGUCAGAGCUGGAAGGGGCCACAGGGUUGAACUCAUGUUCUCUGGUCCCAAUUCUACAUAUAAUGAUGGGAAGACUCAGGGAGAAAAAGGAACUUGCCCAAGGCCACCAGCUCUAAAUGGUGGAGGAGGGAUUAGAAUGUGGAAUUCCUGACUGUACCCAGUAUUAUUUCCUCCAUGAGACAAACUGGAAACAAGAGAAGAGCAAUAAUCAAACAACAGCUAAAUGGUCAGGUUAGCAGAUGCGAAGGAAACAAGUUGUCUGUGCUUCUCACUGUGUAGGAAGAUGGAGGAGGUUGGUCUUCAACUCCUGUCCCUCAGGGCUUGACUUGGAGUCUUAGAAGAGAGGGUGGCACUUAGUCAAAUGCUAGCUUGGUGAUCAACUAUGGGAGUAAAUCAAAUGUAACAAAAAAGUUUGCACACUUACUAAGGUGAUCCCAGUAUGUUCUUUCAUAAUUAUUAUCUCAUUUAAUCUUUACUUCUUGAAACAAUCCUUGAGGUAGGAUUAUUACCCCAUUUCCAAAUGUGACUUGAAAAGAUUAAAAAUGUUUCCUAAGAACACAAUUACUAAGUGGAAAAGGGAGGCUAAGAAAUCUAAACCUACGUCAUCAAGUCAGAACUGCUUCCAUUCUUCUUUUUAAGGAGAAACAUGGCUUGAACACUUACUGUUGGACAGUUACUCCCAGUGUUCUCUAUGCUUCGAGCUGUGCAGAGACCCAUUUAAAAUAUAGCCCUUGUCCUCAUGGAGCUUGUGGUCUAGUGUGAGAGAGAGGCAGGUAAUUAAAAUGUUGAAACAGAGCCUGCCAAAUGCUUUGUGAGAGCAGAAUGACCAGGGAAGUGAGAGCAAGACCGUGUGUGUGUGUGUCUGUGCACAUGUGUAUGCAGGAAGAGGUAGAAAAGGAGGGUCCAGCCAGUCUCCAUGAAGGAGGUGAAAUCUGACCCAAUUCUUGCAGGAUAACAAGAGUUAACCAAGUAGAGAAAGGAGAAAGGGCCAGCUAACCAGAGGACCUAUCAGGGAAUCAUAUACAGUAAUGCCCAUCAGUGGGACUUGGGAGAUCUGCAGCUUACGAGAUGCUGCUAGAGCAUGUGGUAGGUGAAGUAGUCUGGAAAUGCUGCUUGGAAGAGGUAAAAUGUGAUCAGGAGCAUACCACACAAGUGCAGAGUAUAAAAACACCACUGAGUAGGAGCUUUGUCCUUUGCUAUAGACAGGUGAUGUAUCUUCAGGGUCAGAGAACCAUGGUGUAGAGCUGCCUUUGCUCUUGCCGAUGGAGAGCUAGGUAAGAGUUGGGUCACCUGCUAGAUUUACCAGUGUUGUGGAGCAUUUACUCUGGGUGUUUCUACAGCAGGAAGGAAUUCCGGAAAGAUUACUCAGUUAUAGGCACCUGAGUCAAGUGGUGUCUGUCUGGCCUCUCAUUCAACAUACACCGAAUGAGUAAUUUGGAGUGUCUCUCUGUAUCAGAAACUGUGCCAAGCCCUGGGGGUGACCAUGGUGAGCCAAAUAGGCACAGGUCUUACCUUCAAGGGCUUAUCAUCUAGUGGAGAAGGCAGAGUUUGAAACCAAGAAUGGCACAAAUAUUUAAUUAUAUAAUUAAUGUUAGGAAAGACAAGUUCUGGCCUACAAAGGCACAAAAUGGGGAGUUAUGAUCUGGUUUGUGAUGCUCAGGGAAGAGGCAUUUAACCUCAGCCUGAGUAAUGAAGAAGUGCUAACUCCAGGGGAGCAAGAGGAAGAUUCCAGGUGCGUGCAAAGUCCCAUGAAGUCACUUGUGACUCCCCACCAAAAUACCUUAGAAGACAUAAAGAAGGAUGAAUAAUCAACCACUCCCAAAGCCAAAGUCAGACAGUCAGUCUCUUGCCAGAACCUGACAAGAGAUUCUUAUAACUAUAGGCCAAUGAGUCUAGGUUGAAAAUACAAUUUCUUCCUCAUCUGUAAUUAAGUAGGAUCACACUCCAUCUUUUUACACCAUUUGCUUUCUUAAUCAGUUUCUGUCAACCAGAAAAGCAGGCAGUCAUCAAGUCUACUGUAUGGGCAGCUUGAACAAAACCAGCUAAAGACUUCCCUCCCUGACAUCAUUAUGCAUAUUCUCAAAGACUAUAGCUCUCAGAAGACAAAUGGGCAAGAGUGGGAAGGGGAGUUCUGGGAGGAGUGGAAGAAGGGCAUUGACUUCUGGGCAGAGAUGUUGCUUCAAGUAAAGUUCUGAGGUGAGCAUGGAGUCUUUGUCAUAGAGCAUAUUGUGAAGUUUAGCUGUUCAGCUGUUUUUGUGAAUCCAACAGAAAAGACUCUUCUCAGUUCAGCAAAACAAUAGUAGAUGGAUGUUUACUCUCAGUGGUGUUCUAGUAUAUGCUUAACACCCUGUUUUCCAGAUUUUUUAAAAGCACUGACUUGUAAAGUUUGCUCGUUCUUAUGGUGUAAACACUCCCACCAUGGUUGAGCUCCCUUGCCCAGGCUGGAGUGCAGUGGUGCGAUCUCGGCUCUCUGCAACCUGAGCCUCCCGGGUUCAAGUGAUUCUUCUGCCUCAGCCUCCUGAGUAGCUGGGAUUACAGGUGCGUGCCACCACGCCUGACUAAUUUUUGUGUUUUUAGUAGAGAUGGGGUUUAGCCAUGUUGGCCAGGCUGGUCUCGAACUCCUGACCUCAGGUGAUCUGCCCGUUUCAGCCUCCCAAAGUGCUGGGAUUACAGACAUGCGCCACCACACUCCAUGGCUGCGUUUUAAGCUACCAACUUAAUGCCACUGAAUGUGGAGCUGGGGAGAGAUACACACAGUGGGCUCUUAUGAACCCAUAGGCACUAGCUUCAUUGCAUCCCUGGUUACUGUUCACUAGAACUUGAUAUGGUCUCUGAUAAGAGGAGUAGCUCGAAGAGGAGGAUGUGACUGGCUUCACAAUGGGUAGAAGGUAGUCCAGUACUUCCUCUGUAGGCCAGACUCUCUCCUCAUCAGAGUGUGAGCAAAGAAACAGAACCAAACACAAGCCCUCCUGAGGUGGAAGAAACACUUAAAACGAGGUAAAAGGAACAAUAUCAGGAAAAUUAGUUAAUCCAACAGCAACAUUAGAGUUUCAGAAAGCUACCUGGCAUCUUUGACAAGAAGUAUGACCCAUGGAAAAGGAGCAUUAAGAAACAAGGACGGAGCAUGCUGAUGAAAAGACAUCAGAAUCAGCUGAAACGUGGAUGCAUAAAGUAAAGAAAGAUUGCAGGGAUACAAAAUGUGCAAUUGCAGAAUUAAAAAAAAAUCCACAGUGAAGUCAAUAAAGGCAAAGGGGGCAUGGAAAAUAGAAUCAAAUUGGAAUUUUGGAGAACAGAUUGGGGUAUGCUCUCCCACAAGGCAAAAGAAGGAAAGAAAAGCAGUGAGAGAGAAAAUGAUAGAAAUGGAGAACAGAGAUGAGAGCUCUAAACUCAGAAUUACAGGAAAAACUUCGAAAGAAGCCAGAACCAUUUAAUGGAAGAAAUUACCAAAGGAAUAAUUGAAGGGAACAUUCCUGAACUAGAAAGAACCUGCAUCUACAGAUCCAAAAGGCUCAUUAUGUUCCAGGAAAAUUAAAGGGAGAGAGCUCCACACUACACUCAUUUUGUCAUUAAUAAAAUUCUAACAUAAUGAAAAAGAAAGUCUUCAAUUAUAAACACAUAAAGCAAGUUGCCUACAGAGGAAACCAAAUCAGGCCAGCCUCUGUUUUCCCUUCAUUAGUUUAAAUGCUGAAAGACAUGCUACAAAAUUUUGAGGCAAAAAGUUCUAGCCUGAGAAUUAUCUAGUCAGCCCAGUGUGUUUUACGUGUGAAGAUGAAAGAAAUGCCUUGUGGUAUGGGAAUUUGCAGAGUCCAGAGCCGAGGGAGGACUGAGGAUGAAGAGCUUGGGGAAGUUUGCAAAAGUUCAGGAAUGAAGCCGAGUACUCUUCCUGUGUUUGGGAUUGUUUGCCUUUAAGACCUGAGAGGUGCACGUGUUGUUCAUGUGUUUAUUUUGUAAUAAGGAGCAUGGAGUUCUACUACCAAGAAAUACAGUAAAAUUUUUUUAAAAAGUAAAAAUAAUAAGCUAGUGAAGUAGGCUGGGAAACCACCUUUUUUUUUUUUUUUUCUGUUCUGUUGAUGAGACACUGAGGCUGAAAGAGGCUUAUGAAGGCUCCUAAGUGGCAGAACUAGGCCAGGAAUUCAUUUCUUUUGACUCCUGUUGAAUAUACUAAGGGCCCUAUCUCUACCACCUUGUCCUUUUGGAAAGCAACAGUCAGGAUGACAAUGGCCUGUAUGUGCAUGGCACCUGGGCAAAGCAGAAGAGGGAGGUGAAUAAAUGAUGCUGGGAAGCCCAGCUUGAGUUGCUUUGUUCACUUGUUAAUUCAGCCAUCCAGCAUUUCUUGAGUGUUGAUUAUGUGUUGGCCAUGGUGCUAGGUGUUAGGAUUUUGUGGAUGAAUACGACACAAGUCCUGCCUGUUCCCAAGAGACUCACAAUACUGCUGUAAGGGAGAAAUACCCUCAUGUACCCAAUAAUAAUGCCUAUGAUCUAGCAACUUGACAGGGGUAAUCAUAUAGACCAGGCACAGUCUAAGGCACUGGUUCUGACUCUAGGCCAUCAGAACCACCGAGAGGGCUUGGUAAAAGCUGGCGUGUUGGGUCCCAGCUCUGGAGCCCUGAUUCAGUAAGUGGAGCUCGAGAACUUGCAUUUCCACCAGGCUUCAGAAUAAGUAAGAAUUCCCAGUUGGAGAAUGUAUUUUAGACUGGGAAAAAUAUUCUAUCUAGCAGUUUUGGAGGGGAGGGAGGAUGUACUCUGGAACUUAUUUGGGUAUAAGUCACAUCUAGCCAAGCAGGAUUCCCCUGGCCAUUCAGAGAAAUAAUUUUUAGGUUCAUGCUGUUCAUUUUGGAGUGUACCCAUAGGUCUAUGGCUCUGCAGGGCAAAAUUACAAAGUGUUGAGUAUGAAACAGACUUUGGUCCCAACCCAUUCAUUGCUAAGGCAAGUGUGGGUCAUAAGAGAUCCACAAAGUGUGGGUAAAAGACUCACAGUGGCUUGUCUAGCAUCUGACUGCCUGUGAACAGCAGAGCUAGGAAUAAGACAAAGUUUUGGACUCCUAUCUCAGUAUUCUUUCCAAAUACAUCUAUUUCUUUUCCUUGCCCUUUUGUUUGCCUGGGGCCGACAAGGCUGUUAUCUCCUAAGCAAUUUUAUCUUUCCAAUCCUCCUCCACUCCCAGCCCCCACUGCCGCCCCUGCCCAAGUCCUGCAGGCAGUCAUAGAAGGGUUAACUUUUGUUGGACCGAAGGCCUGAGCCAAGUACAGAGUGUCCAUUGUGUGCCCGCCCCCUCAGGAGGAGUCACUGACUGCUGGAAUGUGACAAGGCAAAACAUUUUUACCUUGCCUUGGCUUCCCCAACUCUGAGUGCGUGAGCCUGUGCGUGUGCUCACACGCGCAUUUUGGCAGGGCUGAAUCACAAGAGGACUCGCAGUUGAUACCCAGACUCACCAAAAAAUUGAACUGUGAAUUUGGGGAGGCAGUUGCAGAUCUGAUCUCUUCUGAACACCUCAUCGUGUCUCCAUCCCUGGGAAUCUGACCCUAGCAACUGGACCACUUUGUUCUUGGAAUUUUGGGUGUCCUCUUUUCUCACCUUUCCCUUUUCCCUUUUCCCCUUCCCCCUCCUGAGAACUCCAGAAGACUGUAGAGAUUGUCAUGGAGUCCAGGGAAACCUUAAGCAGCUCCCGGCAAAGAGGGGGCGAGUCAGACUUCCUGCCGGUCUCCUCAGCCAAGCCCCCAGCUGCUCCUGGCUGUGCAGGAGAACCUUUGCUCUCCACUCCAGGACCUGGGAAGGGGAUCCCGGUGGGCGGAGAGCGCAUGGAGCCAGAGGAGGAGGAUGAACUAGGCUCAGGGCGGGAUGUGGAUUCCAACUCCAACGCGGACAGUGAGAAAUGGGUGGCAGGAGAUGGUUUGGAAGAGCAGGAAUUUUCUAUCAAGGAGGCAAACUUCACAGAGGGAAGUCUGAAGCUAAAGAUUCAGACCACAAAGCGGGCUAAGAAACCCCCAAAGAAUUUGGAGAACUAUAUAUGUCCACCUGAGAUCAAGAUCACCAUCAAGCAGUCUGGGGACCAGAAGGUGUCCCGUGCUGGAAAAAAUAGCAAAGCCACGAAGGAGGAAGAAAGAAGCCACUCCAAAAAGAAGCUCCUCACAGCCAGUGACCUUGCAGCCAGUGACCUCAAAGGAUUUCAGCCACAGGCUUACGAGAGGCCCCAGAAACAUUCAACUCUCCAUUAUGACACGGGCCUCCCACAGGACUUCACCGGUGACACCUUAAAACCAAAGCACCAGCAAAAAAGCAGCAGCCAGAACCACAUGGACUGGUCCACCAACUCUGACAGCGGACCCGUCACUCAGAAUUGCUUCAUCAGUCCAGAGUCUGGCAGAGAAACUGCAAGCACCAGCAAGAUCCCAGCUCUUGAGCCCGUGGCUUCCUUUGCAAAGGCCCAGGGUAAGAAAGGCAGUGCAGGGAACACGUGGAGUCAGUUGUCUAACAAUAACAAAGAUCUGCUCUUGGGAGGUGUGGCUUCAUCCCCAAGCAGCCACAGCUCACCAGCCCCACCCAGCAGCUCUGCUGAGUGCAACGGGCUUCAGCCCUUGGUGGAUCAAGAUGGAGGAGGUACAAAGGAGCCCCCAGAACCACCUACUGUGGGCAGCAAGAAAAAGUCCAGUAAAAAAGAUGUGAUAAGUCAGACCAUACCAAACCCAGACCUGGAUUGGGUCAAGAAUGCCCAGAAAGCAUUUGACAAUACAGAAGGGAAAAGGGAAGGUUAUUCCGCAGAUAGUGCCCAAGAGGCAUCACCAGCCAGGCAGAACGUGAGUUCUGCCAGUAAUCCUGAAAAUGACUCAAGUCAUGUCCGGAUUACUAUCCCCAUCAAGGCACCCUCUCUGGAUCCAACCAACCAUAAGAGGAAAAAGAGACAGUCCAUUAAAGCGGUGGUGGAAAAGAUCAUGCCAGAGAAAGCCCUGGCUUCUGGAAUCACCAUGAGCAGUGAAGUAGUUAACAGGAUACUUUCCAACUCUGAGGGGAAUAAGAAGGAUCCCCGUGUCCCUAAGUUGAGUAAAAUGAUAGAGAAUGAGUCCCCCUCAGUUGGCCUUGAAACUGGUGGAAAUGCUGAGAAAGUUAUCCCAGGAGGUGUGUCUAAGCCGCGGAAGCCACCCAUGGUCAUGACACCUCCAACAUGCACAGAUCACUCUCCAUCCAGAAAGCUGCCAGAAAUCCAGCAUCCAAAAUUUGCUGCAAAACGAAGGUGGACUUGCAGCAAACCAAAACCUAGCACCAUGCUUCGAGAGGCAGUUAUGGCCACCUCUGAUAAACUGAUGCUGGAGCCCCCGUCUGCAUAUCCCAUCACCCCAUCCAGCCCUCUCUACACCAACACAGACAGUCUUACUGUGAUCACUCCAGUCAAAAAGAAGCGGGGACGACCAAAGAAGCAGCCUUUGCUCACAGUCGAGACGAUUCAUGAGGGAACUUCCACCAGCCCCGUCAGUCCCAUCAGCCGAGAGUUUCCUGGCACUAAGAAAAGAAAGCGACGACGCAAUUUAGCGAAGUUGGCCCAGCUAGUGCCGGGAGAGGACAAACCCAUGAGCGAGAUGAAAUUUCACAAGAAAGUUGGAAAGCUCGGCGUGUUGGAUAAGAAGACCAUCAAAACUAUCAAUAAGAUGAAGACACUCAAGAGGAAAAACAUCUUGAAUCAGAUCUUGUCCUGUUCCAGCAGCGUUGCUCUGAAGGCAAAAGCUCCCCCAGAGACCAGCCCUGGGGCAGCAGCCAUUGAAAGCAAACUGGGCAAGCAGAUUAAUGUCAGCAAGAGGGGAACCAUCUACAUUGGCAAGAAGCGGGGCAGGAAGCCAAGAGCAGAGCUGCCACCCCCAUCCGAAGAACCCAAAACAGCCAUCAAGCACCCCAGGCCUGUUUCUAGCCAGCCGGAUGUUCCAGCCGUGCCUUCCAACUUUCAGUCACUUGUGGCGUCUUCACCAGCAGCUAUGCACCCACUUUCAACACAGUUAGGUGGGUCCAAUGGCAACCUGAGCCCUGCCAGCACUGAAACCAAUUUUUCAGAGUUGAAAACUAUGCCAAAUCUCCAGCCCAUCAGUGCUCUUCCAACCAAAACCCAAAAGGGAAUACACAGUGGAACCUGGAAGCUGUCUCCACCCAGACUGAUGGCCAACUCCCCUUCACACCUGUGCGAGAUUGGCUCCCUAAAGGAAAUCACGCUGUCCCCUGUGAGCGAGUCCCACAGUGAGGAGACGAUCCCCAGCGACAGCGGCAUUGGGACAGACAACAACAGCACUUCUGACCAAGCGGAGAAGAGCUCAGAAUCCCGAAGGAGGUACUCUUUUGAUUUCUGCUCCCUGGACAACCCGGAGGCCAUUCCGUCCGACACCAGCACAAAGAACCGGCAUGGCCACCGGCAAAAGCAUCUCAUUGUGGACAACUUUCUGGCCCACGAAAGCCUCAAGAAGCCAAAGCACAAGAGGAAACGGAAAAGCCUGCAAAACCGCGAUGACCUCCAGUUUCUGGCAGACCUGGAGGAGCUAAUCACCAAGUUCCAAGUGUUCAGAAUCUCCCACCGGAGUUACACCUUCUACCACGAGAAUCCAUAUCCCAGCAUUUUUCGGAUUAAUUUUGAUCACUAUUACCCGGUGCCAUAUAUCCAGUAUGACCCGUUGCUCUAUCUUCGUAGGACUUCAGACUUGAAGUCAAAGAAGAAGCGUGGUAGGCCUGCAAAAACCAAUGACACCAUGACAAAGGUGCCUUUUUUACAAGGGUUCAGCUACCCUAUUCCCAGUGGAAGUUACUAUGCACCCUAUGGAAUGCCUUACACAUCAAUGCCUAUGAUGAACCUUGGUUAUUACGGUCAGUACCCAGCUCCUUUGUACCUAUCGCACACGCUUGGAGCAGCUUCCCCAUUCAUGAGGCCAACAGUGCCACCACCUCAGUUCCACACAAACUCCCACGUAAAGAUGUCCGGUGCAGCUAAGCAUAAAGCCAAGCAUGGAGUACACCUGCAGGGACCUGUUAGCAUGGGCCUUGGUGACAUGCAGCCUUCUCUGAACCCUCCCAAGGUAGGCAGUGCCAGUCUGUCCAGUGGUCGGCUCCAUAAGAGGAAACACAAACACAAGCAUAAGCACAAGGAAGACCGGAUCCUAGGGACCCAUGACAACCUGAGUGGUCUCUUUGCAGGCAAAGCCACAGGCUUCUCCAGCCACAUCCUGAGCGAGCGGCUGAGUAGCGCAGACAAAGAGCUCCCGCUGGUGAGUGAGAAGAACAAGCAUAAGGAGAAACAGAAGCACCAGCACAGCGAAGCCGGCCACAAAGCUUCUAAGAACAACUUUGAGGUGGACACCCUGUCUACACUGUCACUUUCCGACGCCCAGCAUUGGACACAGGCCAAGGAAAAAGGAGACUUGAGCAGUGAGCCUGUGGACUCAUGCACGAAAAGAUACUCUGGCAGUGGCGGGGAUGGUGGCAGCACGAGAUCGGAGAACCUGGACGUGUUCAGUGAAAUGAACCCUUCGAAUGACAAGUGGGACAGUGACGUGAGUGGGAGUAAAAGGAGGAGCUAUGAAGGCUUUGGAACGUACAGGGAAAAGGACAUCCAAGCCUUCAAGAUGAACCGCAAGGAGAGAAGUUCUUAUGACUCCUCCAUGUCUCCAGGGAUGCCAAGUCCCCACUUAAAAGUGGACCAGACAGCAGUGCAUAGUAAGAACGAAGGCUCAGUGCCCACCAUGAUGACCAGGAAGAAGCCAGCCGCAGUUGACAGUGUUACAAUUCCACCAACCCCAGUGUUAUCUCUCCUUGCUGCAUCUGCAGCAACGUCGGAUGCAGUCGGCUCCUCCCUGAAGAAGAGAUUCAAGCGGCGGGAGAUCGAAGCCAUCCAGUGCGAAGUGCGGAAGAUGUGCAACUACACCAAGAUCCUGUCCACCAAGAAGAACCUGGACCACGUGAACAAGAUCCUGAAGGCCAAGCGGCUGCAGAGACAAUCAAAAACAGGCAACAACUUCGUGAAGAAGAGGCGCGGGCGUCCCAGGAAGCAGCCCACCCAGUUCGAUGAGGACUCCAGAGACCAAAUGCCGGUGCUGGAAAAAUGCAUCGACCUGCCCAGCAAAAGGGGCCAGAAGCCCAGCCUGAGCCCGCUGGUGCUGGAGCCCGCCGCCAGCCAAGACACCAUCAUGGCCACCAUCGAGGCGGUCAUCCACAUGGCCCGGGAGGCGCCGCCCCUGCCCCCGCCACCGCCGCCCCCCCUGCCGCCACCGCCGCCACCACCCCUACCCCCGCCACCCCCUCUACCCAAGACCCCCCGAGGCGGAAAGAGGAAACACAAACCGCAGGCCCCCGCUCAGCCCCCGCAGCAGCCGCCCCCGCAGCAGCCCCUUCCCCAGGAAGAGGAGGUGAAAGCCAAAAGGCAGAGGAAGUCCCGAGGGAGUGAGAGCGAGGUCCUUCCCUAGGGCGGGUCUGGGCGUCUGCACCUGGGGCCUAGGGAACUGACACGUGGGAAGCGCAGUGAGCCGGGGCGGGGGCUGAAUACCCCGCUGCAGGGACACCCACGCCCUUCUCUCCAGAAGCCGGGCAGGCAGAAUCCGGCCAGACGACGGGGCUGAGCCAUCAGGAGCUCUUGGGAAAGCAAAGCAGGGAGACACCUUCAGAAGAAGCUUGUCUGAGCUUCACCACAGCUCCCACCACGCGGCGCUUCAGUACGGCUGGAUCCUCCGCAGGCGAGCGGAAGGCCCCCAGGAGGAGCAGGCUGGUGGCGCUCUCCUGACCUCCCGCUGCCAAGGUGCGCCCUCGACUCCCGAUUUCAUUUGCUGGCCAGGAAAAUCGAAAGGGAAACACCCUCAAUUAGGAAACAUUCCAAGGGGAGAAAAGCUGCAAAUUGCUCAACUGGCAUUGCUGUAACCCGUUCCAUUUAAUUGGUUUUUAUUUCUUUUGAUUUUCAAGCUCUGCUAAGCUUUGGGGUACCAACGUCAUCUUCAGGUGACCUGAAUCUUUCCCUUAACCGUACAGUUUCUCGAUGGAAUUGUGUGAUCAGAAGGUGGAAUUCUAGUGAUAGGCGACCUCAGACCCGCAUUCAUGUUCUGUGUGCCUCUUCUAUUGCACAUACACGGAUUUUUAGCAUUGUCUAUUCCUAUUUUUCCUUUGCCCAUUGUACUUCCAUAUAUCUUUUCAUUAACUUACUUGCUGCCUUUUUUUUUCUUGGUACACAUUUAAAUAAUGUAAUCCUUAACCUGUGCUGUAAAGUUCACCCUUGGCAUGCUGUUCCAAGAACCUGGCUUUGAAUCCCAAUCGUUGUGAAACAUACUCAGUAUUGAUAAAACCUUUUUAAUAAGUGACGCAGAGCAGCCAAGGAUAUGUUGACCCAGAUGUCAACCAGGCUAUUUUUAUACUUACAACAUGUCAGCAGAGCAUAGGCAGAAUAAAAUGGUUUUAAUACCCCACAGCAAAUAGAGUAACUGACAAACCACCAAAAACUGAAACCCCAGACCCACCAGAAAGACAAGUGUCUAGCAAUGCCUUGGUACCUGAUCUUUUUCAUUCAAAUAAUUGUCAUAGGUUGUUCAAAAAAAAAAAAGGAAACAAAAACACAAUAGAAGUCCAUUAUCCCUUGAUAAUUAUUUCUUAAAAGCAAAUGGGAGUAAGUGUUCUUAUCUGGAAAAAUAAAUAAAUAAAAUGCUCAAAGGGUAUCACCACUUCAAUUUUAUCAAGCCACCUUGGACAAAGUAUCCAAAUUGUGGUUGCCUUAAUAAACUAAAACAUUAUUGUACAUAAUGUAAUUAUAAAUCUAUCAGUCUGCAUGGAUGCAAACUGUGUGUGACAAAUCGUCUUUUAAAUGGUCAAUUUCAGCUGUACAUUUCUCAUCCAAGUUGUACUCUAGCCAUUGGUUUAGCGUGGACAGAUAUUCCAUCUCUAUUAUCCAUUUCCACAGCCCGAAUAAAAUAUGUUAAGCAGGCUCAGAAUGAAUAUGAAGAAUUCCAUUUCCGUAGAUGUUUUCUAAAAGUCAGAUUGUGGAAAUUUCAAAUAAGUAUUUUCAAUUUCCUCCCUCACUCCCCCUUACCUUCCCCAAGACAUCAAACACCUGGCAUGGUAGAUUAUAGAAAGAGACACUGAGAGAGAGAAUUAAAUUUUCUAAUGGGAAUUAGAAUAUCUGGUUUACCUCCAAAUUAAGUUUCUUUACAGGAAGUUGGGACCAGCUGGAAAUUGUAUUAUCAUUUCAGAACACAAUAUUACUUCCUUAGAGAGAGAUGGAUUUUUGUUGGCAACAUAAAAUAAUAAGUGAUGGGGUAUCUAUGUGAGUAAAUUUUUAAAUUCCAAGUUAAUAUGCUUGCAAACAUUACUGCUGCGUUAUGGCACCAAGAGUUGGUUGAAAUUACCCACGUAGUCAUACUCUUGUGCUCUGUCACCGUGGACUUCACAUCAUUUGCUGCCCACUAGUUCAAUCGCAUUUAAUCCUAGCAAUAUGUAAGUUUAAAGGACUGCAUUCCCCUCUACUUUAAAGCUUAUAUCCUAGAUACUCAGUUUGUGACCUUGGUUGACCUUUGGCAUUUCACGCAAGUUGAACAGCAAAAUCAAAGCAGCCAUUUUUAAUUCGUCAUUCCCAAGCCCUAUCUGAGUGGUUCCAAAGUCACCUGAGAGGAAGGUUUAAAUUAGUCCCUCUCACCCCACCACUGCUAUAAAACAGCAACGUUUUCAUUCCAAUUCAGCCAUAAAGAGGUUUCUCUUCUUACUGGGUUUUGAAAUCAUUUCCUUUUUUCUUUCGUUUGCCCUUCUUCCUUCUUGUGUUGUACUAUCUCUCCAACCACGUCUAUAAGCAGACUCAAUCUUCUUGCAGAGGAAGAUGAGCUGGCACUCUGCAAACUUCUUUAAUAAGGACCCAAAGUUUAAUUGACAUUAACCUCUAGUAGGUGAGAAAUUCCAAAAAAGCUUUGGGGUACAUUAGAAUUUCCAAAGCUCUGAAAGAUAUUUCAGGAGAUUUAACAGCAGAGUUGCAACUUACACGUGAAUUCUGGUCUAUAGUGGUCAUGUGAGUUAAAUUCGAAUCCUCUACUUGUAUGACCCUAGGAAUAGAUUGGAAUACUGCAGAGGACCAAAGCUGAGGCAUGCUAAACAGCCGCUUGGAGGUGGAAGCAAGUUCAGUCACCUACUCAGCUUCCUCUCUCCACCACCCAGUUCCUCCCUCAGUAUCACAUUAUUUUUUUCUUCUGCUUUUCAUUAACCUAACUCAUCUCAUCAGUACAACCAUUUUCUUAUUCUCUAACUACCCCCAAUUCCUUUAGCCUCUCCCCACCUGUCCAAACUCAGCUCAGCCGUGGGCCAAUGCAGCUUACAGACGGUUGCAGAGCUAGGAAGAAAACCCAGCUCUCUCAACCCUGAUCGUGGAGGUCUCUGGCCCCCCAACACUGCCUUCUGGGGCUGCAUUUUUUUUUUUUUUUUGAGAAGCGGUCUUUUGGGAUACAUGGUGCUCCACAUACAGCUUCACAAAAUAUUUCAUUAUAAGAGAAACUCCUUGAUUUUUAUUUCUUUUUCUUUUGUUUUCUGGAUUACCUGCCUUCAGUAAGCAGAUGCGGACCCACUUGUAAGGAGUCUGGUUAGUGAUGAGAAAAGGAUGAAAUCUAGAUACAAAAGCCACCUUGACGGUGAUGAUGGAUCUUUAAUCCACUUGACUAAGUGUCUGGAAGAGCUACUUGGUCUUCCACCCCUCAUCUCAAAUGAGAGGAGCAGAAGUUUAACUUCCUCAAAUAGCCCAGCUCUGGCUAAAACCCAAAGAAGAAAGGUCAAAGGAAGGGAAAGCAUGUCAGGGGCUGGUUUGUGACUUGGCAGGACCAGGAAACAGCAGCCACUGACAGCCCAGAGAAGGUGACUAAGGGCUGGCAGAAGAUUAGAAUGUUAAUUUGGCUGCUGUCCGGACUAGGAGGCCAUGUUCAAUGGCAGUCAGAAUUUGUGUUCUGUGCAUUGCUGGGUCUAUAAAUAUGAUAAGCAAGUGGUGACAGAAUUAUAGUAUAAGGUGAUGUACUACAUGCAGAUCAUAAAGGAUUUGGUUUUAAGACUUAAGUAGAAAAUCCCUCUCCUAGCUUAUUACCCAACAAUAUUCAGAUAAUGAGCUUUUGGAGAAUAUCUUUUUCCUAUCACUAGAAAGAUUUACCUGGGAACUGUCUAAAGUCUACACACAUAUUUCCAAAGCCUUUAAAUACCAACUGCAGCAUGGAGAGAGAGGGGUGGCAGAAGCUGAAAUGCCUCAAAAGCCAUUUAAGUGUUACGUUGCAGGAUUUUCAGUCCUUCUCGUUAUGUAAAAGUAGAUAAAUAUAGACGUUAUUCUCAACACUACCCUAUAGUAUCACAGUGGUCCAAAUGCCAGAGCUUACAGAUAAUGUCAUCACAGUGCCUAGAAACUCGAACUGUAAUAUACCGUAGCAUUUUCUUGGUGUUUCUUAAAGUUUCUUUCCACAAUACAAGGUCCUCUCUGCCUCUUGUUUCUUGGAGAGUUCACCCCACUGAUGAGUCUUCCUUCCCUGUUGGACUCAGUCAUUUGGGGAACAGUCUUAGAAGCACAUAUCAACCAAGGAAGAAACUUCCUGGAUAUCUAUUGCCCACUUGCCCAGGUCUAAUAAACACUAAAGGGGGGAAAUUGAAAGGAGCUGCCAACUGGUCAACGUGGAAGGGCAGUUCCACCCUAGAUUGGUGUCUUUCUUUUUCUUCCUUUUUUUAAAAAAAAUCUAUUUCUUAAAUAAUAAUAAAUGCACAUGAUGUGUUAAAUAUGUACAUAUAUAUUUCAAAAGAAAAAAUGGGGCACAAGAUUGUCUUACAAGUCGUGCUGGCUAAUUUUUAGUUUGUAUUCAUAAGUGGUUUUUAAAAGCCUUUUUUAAAGUGUAAUUUGCAUGUUCUACUUUGAUUGUAUGUAAACAUAUUUUAGAACAAAAAAAUGUAUUUGUAUUUUAUUGAAUAUAGAGGCAAGAAAAUUGUACAUUGUUUGAAAUGUUCUUUUUGUAACAGUUUUUAUUCAUAAAGCAUUUUUGUACAUUUAAAAUGAACAUGGACUUGCUGUUAUUUGAGGCGUAGAUACAUCUAGCAUGCUUACUGUCAUGCUCCUCCAUGGUCUUAGAUGUUGGGUUUUAAACAUUUUUUUCUAAAAGAAAGCUCAGUCUUUUUCGCUACCAGAUCAGGUUAGCACAGUAUAGAGCACUUAACUAUUAAAAAAAAAAAAGUUAAUCCUAUUCAUAUGUUAUUCAUUGUGUGAAAUUAAAGACAUUCAAUUCAGUCUAA